AUCCGUAUAAACACUAUUGAAAUAGUUCUGAGGAGUCUUUCGACGAACGUGUUCGACGUAACUUAGCAUUCUACAAUCCUUAUAGAAGUCCUCGCCUGUCCGCGUUAUUAAAUAUAUGGUGUAUUAUUUUAUUUAUUGGUAAUAUUUUAACGGAUUAUUGAAAUAGCCGAAGCACAGUGUGUUUGCCGUCAAGACAGAAUUGCAAAGAAAUAAGCGUUGGAACGAACGAAAGCACAAUCUUUAUGUGAUUCAAGUAAUAAUAUCGAUAUGAGUCGUAAGACGAAAAGUCAUGGCGGUACAAACAUGCGAAGAUCCGCAUUGUCAUUUAUCGGUGCCAACGGUUCUCUCGACGUUGACGAUAUAUUACAAUCCGAUGUUUGGAAAAAUGUUGAAAUGUUUGAAAAGAGCGAAGCUGCUUGUAUUCAGAAUAUACUGAAUGAUUUCGACGAUAAGAUUACACAAGAAAAUGUUCUUAAAGCAGGUAAUACCACCGCGAAGAAAAGUCCGAAAGUAAAUCCGAAAUCCACGAAAAAAUCCCCAAUGAAAUUUCCAAUAAACGAUGCGGCCAUGGAUUUACCUGGAACUUCAUUAAAUACGAAUGGUAACAUUGUUGAAACAAAAACUGCAAAAAAUAAAACGGGAACAGCUUCAAGAAAGCCUCGACAAACUUCUAAGACGGUUGAGGAAAUGACAUCACAAGAACUUCCUGAUAUUGAUAAUGUAGAAAAAGAGAAUUUUUCAAACGCCAGCGCCAAAGAGAAUGUCGAUUCAAAGAAACAAGCAACACAAGAAAUUCUGCAGGAUAUUUCAAAUAUCACCGAGAACAAUUUGCAAACGAGCACUCCUAAAAAUAACACCUCUAAACUAAUAAAAAAGACGGCGAAAAAGGGAGCAUCAACGGAAGAAAGUAAAAAUCCAAAAAUAAAAGUUUCUAAAAAGAAAUCAAAGAAUGGUGGUCAGCACAAGGAAAACCAGAAAAGCUCGAGGACAAACAUGAAAGUCAAACAAGAAGAAUAUAGUGCAGAUAUGUCUGACGGAGAGAAAAAAAGAAAUGUGAAUUUGGAAAAUAAUUUGGAGAGUAAUAAAGAGAAGCAAGAUACGUCGAAAAAUGAAGUAGAAGUAAAAAAAGAGCGAUGUGAUGCGAUAUCCGUUAGCGAAUUGGAAAAUAAAUAUGAAGUGAACGAAAUUAAUAAUAAUACAGAGAAGAAUGCUAAAUCUAAGAAAAGCAACAAGCGUAACCAAUCGAAGGGGGAGAAGAUGAAGAAAAAAAAUCCCGAGAACAAGCUGCAGAAAAAGUCAAAUAAAUCGCCGCGAGUAAAUAACGUAGAAAAUAUAAAAUGUCAAUGUAGAAAAAGUUGCGCAAGAGAUUCUGAUAAUGAUUGUUGUGCGAAAACAAAAGGGUCAAUCGAAAAUACGAAACAACAUAAAAAGAGUAUGAAAGCUGCGAGAGCUAUUGACGGUCUUAGCCGACGCAUAAUGGUCAUCAAGAAAAAAAUGGAACACGUUAAACAUAAUUUAGAGAAAAUAGAGUCAACAGAUUCUGACAGCAGUUACACUGAUGAGUCAUCACGCACGUCGGAAUCAUCAUGUUCGACACGUUCAUUUUCAUCGUGUUCCUGCAUGGGCACCUGUAGUUGCUCCAGCGAUUCCAGCGAUUGUACUCUUCCGACGAGCAGUUACUCAAAUUAUUCUAGUGAGAGUAUAUACUCGCACUAGAAUAAUCGUCUCUACUAUAGUAGAGAAAGCAAGAGCUAAACAGAGAAUAGCGGAAAGAAACUCGUAUUGGAACCAAUUAGAAAUAACAUGGAACAUUAGAAAAAAUUAUAUAAAAUUGAAAUCAUACAACAUAGAGUUAUAUUUUUAUUAUUAUAA